AUGGACGGUAACUCCUUUGGUCGUCAUCAUCGCAACAACCGUGGAGGUGCAUUUCCAUUCGACCCACAACCUCUCGAAGCAAGCGACGAUUUCUCCGCUCCCUGGCCCGCUCCCACCAGCGGCAUUGCCGGCGCUUCCCCCGCUUCCGCCUCCGCCGCUGUUUCCAUCUCCCACUUCCUCCCCACUCACUUCACUCCGCCGAAUGCUUCCGCUUUCGGCGCAGCCGCUGGUCCCCCCGCGAACCGUUCUGCUACUGCCGCGCAGCCCUUUCUGCGCAAUGACGUGCAGGUUCCGGUGCCUUCCGCGCCUUACGCGCAUUCUGCGCGUUCCGCGCCUCCUGCGCCUUCCGCGCCUUCCGCGCCGUCGCCGGCAGCUGCGCUUGAGUUCGCGCUGCUUGAAUCGCAGCUGUUGUCCGCAGUGGGGCAGCAAGCGUCGCAGCAAAUGUCGCAGGACGUGUAUGAGCAGUUCGAUCGCCAGGCACCCUUGCAGCGGUCUCGCCUUCAGCCGCAGCAAUUCCAGCAGCAUCAGCAGCAGCAGCAACAGCGGCAGCAAGAACAGCAGCAGCAGCAGCAGAAGCAGCAACAGUUGCUCCAGCAACACAUAUUUCAGCAGCAGCAUCCGCAACAACACUCGCAGCAUCAUCAGCAGCAACAGCGGCAGCAGCCGCAGCAGCAGCAGCAGGCGCCAAUAUUGCAUCCAGAGCAAUUGCUUCAGUACAUGGUGCAACAGCAAAAUAUUCAAUCAAAGUGGCAGCAGCAGGACCAGCAGCAGCAGCAGCAGCAGCAGCAGCAGCAGCAACAACAGCAGCAGCAGCAGCCGCAGCAGCCGCAGCAGCUGCAGCAGCCGCAGCAGCAGCAGCAGCAGCAGCAGCAGCAGCAGCAGCAGCAGCAGCAGCAGCAGCAGCAGCAGCAGCAGCAGCAGCAGCAGCAGCAGCAGCAGCAGCAGCAGCAGCAGCAGCAGCAGGCGCCACGGCAAGAGCAGCAGCAGCAGCAGCACGAAGAGGAAGUGGUGGAGUUGGAAGAGGAGGAAGAGGAGGAGGAAGAAGAAGAGGAGUACGAGGGUGAGGAAGAGUAUGAGGAAGAGGAGCAGCAGCACGAGCUGCAAGGGUUUGCCAGCAAGGGAGGUCUUAGCUCGGCAGUAGCAGGCUUGGAGCUUGUAGGUUCGGCAGUCGCAGGCUUGGCAGCGGACGGAGCAGACGCUUUUGAUCUGGACGUUGUUGAAGUGGCUCGGGUGGGGGUGGAGGGAGCGGAGGAGAGGGAGGAGGAGAAUGGGGAGAGGCAGAGAAAGGAGAGAGGGGAUGGGCUGGAAGUAGAUGGGGAGGCUGGUGGGGUGUUUGGUGGAAGAGAGAGCAGAAAGAGACGGCUGAUGGACUUACACUUGACGGAAGGAGAGGAGGGAGUUGAGGUCGAUGAAAGGGAGGAGGAGGACGAGGAGGACGAGGAGGGUGAGGAGGAGGAAGGGAGUGAGGGAGGGUUGGGAAAGAGGAAAAAGGGAGGGAAAACUAAGGAGCGAGAAGGUGAAGGAGAGGGGGGAAUAGAAGGCGAUGCAGUGAAUGGGAGAAAUAAUGCCGCCCUGCUUCGCCCAUCCAUCCCCACGACUCCCUCGCCUCUCCUCUGCUCUGAAUCCGAAUUCCAACAUCUCUUAACCUGCAUCAAGAACGCUCCAAACGAGGAUGCCAUUUCCCUCGUUCUCCUGCUCCUACUGGAAGAGCAGCGUGCUGCCAACGAAACCUCCUGCUUCCUGCAGCGCCUUCGAGUGGUUCGCUCCGAAUACCUGCAUCGCCAUCACUCCCUCGUGAGAUCUAUUGAGCUCAAUCUCCUCCGAGACAUCGCUCACAACGAUGCCGUCCAUCAGCGGGAGAUCCAACGGCUGAGACGCGUCUGCAUGGCCGGCAUGUCAGCUGGCGCCACGCUGUCGCAGCAUCAGGUGUUUUAUCGAACGCUGAUCACGCGGCCGCGGUCACGCGCGUGGUGGGAGGAGUGUAUUGACCCGAAUAACCCUCCGGAAUUGUUCCGGAAAAAGUUUAGGAUGAGCCGGGAGACGUUCAUGGAGCUCUGUGGCAUGCUGGGGCCGCUUCUUGGGAAAAAGCCGAGAAAAAACCCGAACCUCUUGGACAUCAGGAUCGGAGCGGCGAUCUGGAGGCUUGCCACGGCCGAGCCUCUCCAUCUGGUUUCCAGGAGGUUUAAUCUCAGCCGGACCACGGUGCAUUUCGUGGGGAAUGAUAUUCUCAAGGUGCUGAACGAUGUUAUUCUGCCCAAGGUGGUCGUAUGGCCUGAGCCGGGCAGCACCCGGGCAGCUGAAAUUUCUUCCAAGUUCCUGAAGCUGUGCGGGGUGGAUGGCGCUUCUUCUGUGGUACAGCAGCUGGGGAACGGGCAGCUGAUUGGGACUCUCUACACAACACACCUGUGUAUCAACACGCCGCGCUCCAACAUGGUAAAAUACCACAACAGGCAGCUUACCGAACGUCUCGCCCGGGAAUCUUAUUCCCUUUCCACGCAAGCAGUCGUUGAUGCCAACGGGCAGUUUAUCGAUCUUUGCAUCGGGCUGCCCGGCGCGCUUUCUGACGAGCAGGUUUUGCAGCAGUCGACCCUCCACCAGAAAGGACAAGCUGGAGAGCUUCAGGGGGCAAAGGUCAUCGGGUUGCGGUCGUACCCGCUUCUGGAUUGGCUGCUGGUUCCGUACGCCCAAUCAGAGAGCGCCACGUGGUAUCAGACCACGUUCAAUGAGUGCAUAGAGAAGGGCACUGCGGUGGGGAAGGACGCGAUUGGCCGGCUGAAGGGACGGUGGCGGAUCCUGCUGAGGCGGGCUGAGGGGAAGCUGCAUGAGCUGCCGCGGUUGGUGGGGGCAUGCUGUGCGCUGCACAACUUUCUGGAGCAGAAGGGAGAGGCGUUUGACCCUGACUGGGCGUAUGAGGCGUUUGAUGACUACGUGCCCGCCAGGCGAGCCGAUGACGAGUCCCCUGCUGCCGUGGCCGAGAGGGAUGAGUUGGCCCAGGGGAUGUUCCAGGCCGUGCACGGGUGGGAGGGUGGAAAUUAA